GCAAUGAUACCUGUGGGUCGCAUGGAUAUUGGAAUACAGACUGAAUAGAGGGACUUGAUGCGAAUAACGGUUUUUGGAAUGAGCUUAAGCUGAAGAGAAAUCGACCAAAGGUUCAGGGUUACUUUGGUGUCUCAAAUGGUGUGGUGUGUUGGGUCGAUGCUUCAAUUGAAAAUUUUCCAAUUAAGAAGAUUUGGGAGAAGUUGUAACCUCAUGGAUAUGGAUCCUAGUUGUCAUCUCUAAUUAUAUGUCCCAAGCUGGGAUUCAUUGUAACAUCCCGAACCUUUUCCCGACGAAGAUAUUGUCCGCUUUGGGCCUCGACCCUCACGGUUUUCGACUUGGGGUGCAAUUCAAGGUGACUUCCCAUAAGGGCACCCAUCCUUGUUGUACUCCACACUGAGCACGUUUAACUUCGAAGUUCUCACAAGAACUCCUCCAUUACACCCCAAAAAGCGUCUUGUCAGUUAAGGUCGGUUUCCUACUUAUGAACCAUGGAUCUCUCCCGUGCUUUGUCGAUGUGGGAUUCACCUAAAGUGUUACAUUCAUCGCAUAAGCGAAGGAUCCAUGAGGUGAGAGCAUCAGAGACAGCAGCGUUCCAGAUGGAAGUGAUCAGAAUUGAGUGAAAAGUGGCGCAUGAUGGGGAAGGACGAUCCAUGGGAAAGGAGCGGGUGUUGAAGAGGAACCCUCCAAGGACAUAGAGGUGAGGGUCUACGGAAAUGGAGGUGAAAUUGCAGAGUCCGUAGACGUAGGAGUGGCAGGGAAUGGGCAGGAGAGAUGGAAGGGUCUUGUGGGAAGAUGCAGAGGAGGUUGCUGAGAUAGCGGAGGUGGCGCCAGAGAGUAAUUAGGGAUUGAGACCCGUCAUCGGGUCUCUAUUUUUGGAGCUCAGGAAUGAGGGGUUUGGGAAUGGUUGAGUGGAGCUUUCUAGGUUGAACAAGUCAAGGAUGGGUCGGGUCUUGGGUUGGAUUAGAAUUUUUAUGACAAUGUGAGUGUGUUAUGACGUGGUGGAUUGACUUUUUUCUUAGUUUUCCAGUAACCAAACUUGCAAUUUACCCGUUUUUAAUGUGGUAGGUUAAGAGCAGGGUUGGUGCCUCAACAGUGGACUAGGCCAACAAGAGAACCCAACAAUCAAACACUUGCCUAGAAUCUGUACAAUGAGACAUUAGAACCUCCAAACUAUGUUGACUAGAUACCCAGUCGCCAGGUGGCACCCCACUGUUGCGCGCAGGUUGUAAUCAUCGCAGGUUAAUAAACAAAACAAAAAAGAAGGUUAUAUUUUUCCCUUGAAUCUAUCUUAGCUGGCUGGCCUACUUAUAAUUGGCCAAAUCACUAAAAACCUUGGAAACUAGGCUGUAAUUGGGUUUCAUUUCGCCGGCAAGGGAUCUCACAGCUAGCCUAGCUUGCCGGCAUCUUGUUUGCCGGAUUUAAGAACAAAGGAUAUAGCAGCAAUUAGUUAAUCAAGCUUCUUAAUCUAGCAUAGACAUUGCAAUUAAGGAGAGAGAGAGAGAACUUAGUAAGUUUACGGUAGCUUGGUUUUCGAGGGAGUUGAAAUCACCAUGAGAGGUCUGAGAAUGUCGGUUUUGCCAGUGACCGUGGUGGCGCAUUUGACCGCCAUUGCGACGACAGCCCUCGUCCUGGUUUGGCUCCUCAAGCUCCGCGGCGGCCUCGCAUGGAAUGCUCAGCCACCAGCCUCCUUCAAGGUUUUUAAUGUGCAUCCCCUCGUAAUGGUGAUUGGAUUCGUACUUGUUUCAGGAGAAGGAAUCAUGGCGUAUAAGAUCAUUGGUGGGAGAAGGAGAGUUCGAAAAGCCAGUCAUCUGGCGCUUCAUCUGAUAGCACUGUUUGCUGGAGUUUUUGGCGUGGUUGCGGUGUUUAGGUACAGGCACCAAAUCGAAGCUCAACACAUGAUCACUCUCCAUUCUUGGCUUGGGAUUAUCACUGUCGCCUCAUUUGCUCUACAGUUCGUGUUAGGGGCGGUGUUCUACAUGUUCCGAGGGGCGGCGCAAACGUCUGCAAAGGCGUCGUAUCUUCCGUGGCAUAUCUUCGUCGGAAGCAUCAUAUUUCUGAUGGCAGUCGGCACCGCCUUGACCGGCAUUGUGCAGCAGUUUGCAAUUCUAGGUCUCGGCAACGAUCAAGAAGGCCACAUCGUCAACUCCAUUGGACUUCUGCUCGUUCUUUUUGCUGCCACCGUUGGCCUCACCGUAGUCCUUCCUUAUGAAAAGUGAACCGAGCAAAAAGCAUAUGUUAAAAUGUAUACCAUCAUUGUUGCUAUUAUUAUUUGAUGCCUUUCAUUUAUGUUGCAGAGUUAUGUAUGAUUAAUGUUAGUUUCACAUGAAUGUGUUAUGUAUUCUGAUUUGAUGAUUUAUUGGAAAUAAAUAGCUAGAGCCGCAGAAAGAGAUUGUAUGUCUCUUGUUCGUACAUAAUUGCUUUUUAGGGAAAUUUUGUGAUGUUUGCUACUACGAUACAAAGUUGUCGCGUUCAACAUAAUUGUUAGUAAAUGAUAUAUGAUCCACCAUUGAACCUACCUCAACAACUCGAAUUAUUGAGAGCAACUAGUUGUUGACAUGGUAUCAGAGUCAUCUGUGAUCAAGAAGUUUUCUGCUCGAAUUUCGAUGUCCCCAUCUAUUCUAUUAAACACAUGACCUUCCG